AUGAACGCGCUCCAGAACAUCCCGGAGCACCAGAAGCCCGAAUUCAUGCGGAGUCUGGAGACUAUGCAGAUGAAGGACUCGCUGAAGAUGUACAACAACCUCGUCGAGCAGUGCUUCGCCCACUGCGUCGCCGCGCGCGACGGCAGCUUCCGGAGCAAGGCGCUGGACAAGAAGGAGGACGAGUGCAUCUGCAGGUGCGCCGAGAAGUACAUCAAGCUGACGCAGCGCGUCGGCUUCCGUUUCGCGGAGCACCAGGCCGCGCAGGGCGCCGCGCCGAGCCCCUAG